GUUUGAUUUGUUUUUAAUUAAUAGUUUGCUUUGUUUGCAAUUUGUAAUUAUGGCUAAACCUUUGCAAAAAGAGAGAGAUAACAGAUCUGCAGAUAAAAAAGAUUUCACUUUUCAUCCUUAUACAAUCACUCCUGAAAGUGCUCAUACUUCGAUACUUCUUUUGGAGUCUUCAGAACCAGAAAUAUUAUGCCAGACUUUACGAGCAAUCACAAAAUUCUCUGCGCAAGAACUGCAGAACCGUCAUGUAUUGUUCGACUUGAAUGCUAUUCGUUACAUAAUACCUCACGUGGAACAUCCUGAGCUGAACAUAAAAAGAUUUGCGCUGAAGGCUUUAGCUCAGCUUUGCCAGUUGCCACGUGGUCCAGAACAAGUUCUUGCAAAUCCUCAGUAUCUGAGGAAAAUAGCGUAUAUGUUGGUGAAGAUAGAAGAUAUAUUUGUCCUUGAGUUCGCGUCUUUGGUUUUGUCUGAACUGACCAGAGAACCACUUGGUUGUGAGCAGCUGGUCUCGGCUAAUAUUCUGAACACUCUUUUCUCAAGAAUGAAGAAUAGUCUUGAUCCUGACGUCCAGAAGAAUUGCUUGCAGACUUUAAGUAAUUUGCUGGAUGAUCCAGUUUGUGCAUCCGAAGUAACAAAGAAUCAUCAGUUCAGUUGGCCAUCUCUCCUAGUGCUGAUGCAGAGCAAGUAUUUAGCUAUUCAACACACAGCUCUUAGAACUGUAGAUCAGUUGAUCUGUAGAUACAAGGACCAAGUAGUGCAGAGAACCUUCAGAGCUUCCACUGGAGUACUAGAUCUCUGUGAUAUACUCGAGUCAUAUGAAUUUCGCGACGUCCACACCGAAGUUUUAGGAGUUUUACGCAAUUACGUCGAAAUAGAAGAGAACGCAGCACAUUUAUACAAGUCCGGUUGUAUCUUAAGGCUAUUGGCAUAUUUGGAAAUGGCGCUCCCAGCUAUGAAGCCGCAUUGUCUUGCUGUGCUCACGAAAAUGUCUUUUACUGCAAAUGGAAGAGACGCACUUUUCGAAACUGGAACAGAUUUAGUGUUUUGCCAUCAACUCCUGAGUUCCAAUGUGGAUUUGCUCGCUGAUGCAGCCAUGGGCGUUGCCAACAUGACGAGACUACUGCCGGCUGCUGUACGCAUGUCUGAUACCAACAUUAUAGAAGCACUGUGUGCAAUUUUGGGUGACGAUGCCGCAGUCUGGUUCUAUAUUCGCAUAAAUUCCUUGAGAGCUUUAGCAGAGUUAUGCCGUAUUAUACCCAAAGCCGCAUACAGUCUUGUCGAAGGGAAGACGUUUGCUGCAUUACGAAAUAUUAAUGAAAAAUUCAAAGAUACGCCUAUAGAGGCACAACGUUUGGCUGUACAGUGCUACAUUAAUCUACAAAAUUACCACGUCAGCACAAGAGCUAUGCUUAAUCAGGACUUUAUACAGGAAUUAAUAAAUAUUUUGCAGCGCAUUGAUAUAAAUUUGAAAAUCAUGACGUGUACUGUUCUCAACGGCUUGAUGGUGGAGGAAGUGGCGCGGGAACUGUUUACACAAGGAAGAGGAGAAAUGGUGGUGUCAAAAAACCUUAGGAUAGAGCAUAUCGGCCUCAGGACGGCUCUCUGUUCAUUGAUCAUAUGCAGCGUCACCGACGAGGGCGCUGAUGUCUAUUUGGACCUGGGGACUAUACAUUACAUGGCAGAAAAUAAGCUUGCCAGAUAUGUCGUUGGAGCUUGGGAGCCGGCCUUAGAGGCCAUAUUCCGACAUCAUCCGUCUGCAAAGCUUGCAUAUACCGGAAAAUUGGAUAUCAACGACUUUACACAGGAAGGAUUCUACGUUCAGAAGCGAUUAGGCGACAGGUUCCCGACAAUCGAAGAGAUCAUGACUGAGAAGCCACCACAUCGGCAUCCUGUGUUCAUAUGCAUGUUCAACCAGCCCGGGUUUGACGCCACCUCCGGAUUGAAUAUACGAACUCCGUAUCGAUCAUCAACAGAGUCGAAGCUAGCGACGUCUCAGUCUGGUCGCCUACACCUGCCUCAGCUGCCAGAUGACGCGAAUUUGCGCGCGUAUAUAUUAAAGCUACGCAUUUGGUUUGGUGAUCCAUACCGCGACAAAUGCCAAGAAGUAUCGUCUUCGUUGAAACAGAGAGCUCAAUUGCUAGCUGAAUUUGUGGUGGAACAAAUGUCCGGUUUGACUGAGGAGCGCGACUGUUCUAUGCCAAGUGUUGAUUUGCAUUUGGCAGAUUUGAUGAUGGAGCUAAACUCGAAGGUGAUAGGACUCGGCUGGGUGCGGUGCGGGGGCGGCCUGGAACGCGCGCUGCUGUACAAAGUGUUGGCCGACCGCGUGGGGCUGCCGUGCGCGCUGCAUAGGGCGAGCAGUGCGCAUGCGUGGUGCGAGGUCGCAGUGCCAGCACCGUGUCCGGGAGGUACAGAAGACACAGAGGAGAAUUACCCAGCGGGCCUGCUCCGUGUCAACUACGUAGUGGAUCUCAUGACCGACCCCGGUAGAUUAGUGCCUCUGGGUAGCUUCGAAGCGCAACGGGUUUGCGGUCCCGUUUGUGCAUCACCCUAUAUUGCGCGGAAACUGCCUGAAGUGUGUCGGUGUGAAAACUAA